CGUUGUUGAGUGGUGGUUCGUUCUUGUUUGCGGCAAAUGUGUUCAGGGAUUGUAAAAUAAUAAAUUUUAAUAAAAAUGUUUAAAAAUAAAAUAACUAUAAAUCAUAAUGAAUAAAAUAGAAAAAAAAUACACUAAUUGAAAGUGUUUAAAAUGGAGUGCUAAAAAUAAAUAUUAAAUAAUACCUAAACUAAAAAGCGACCAAAUUGUAUAACGUAAAAUAUCACAUUAUAGCGCCCUACUGUCGUAUGAAGUUACAUUUUUGUUAAAAAAAAAAAAAAAAAAUUCAACGUUAACUCCCGCCACACCGCUUAGUGUAGAAAGCACAAUUUUUUUUGGGUUGUCAUUAUUUGCAUUUAGUUUUUUAAUUCAAUGAUUCUUCUCAGCUGGCCGCCCACGUUGCGUAAAAAGUCAGCCACUUCGUAUAUUGUUAAACGUUGACGCCGUAGUUCUAUUUGUAUGUGUGUUUGUUGUUUUUGUGUAGUCGUGUUGUUGUUUAUUACCUGCUAAAUUUCUAGAGAAACGGUAAUAAAAGUGAUCUAUGCUUACAAUUAUGAUCGCAAAUAUAAAAAUAAAUAUGAAUUGAUUAAUUGAUUGAUUGGGUUUAUCUGACAAAAUAAAUUGAGUUGAUGUGCAUGUGAACCAAUGCAACAACACCCUGUAACGAGCAUAUUUAAUAAAGCGCACCCAAAAUGUUGUCUCCCUAAAAAAGGAAAACUGGGCGCGGAUCGUGAAUUUUAAACGUAUAUUAAAAAUUUUUAGUGAACAAACAUCCAAAACAACAACAAAAAAUAAAAAAAAUAAAUAAAUUUAUUUUUUUAAUAAAAAAAAAAUUACGCACACAAAGCUAAACGGACGGCAGCAACAAACAACAUAUUUUCCCCAAACCAAAAGUGGACUUCGGCUCGGCGCUGGUACAAGAACGUGAUUACUGCAUGCGUUUUAAACACAUUGUGGUAUCGCCUGUAUUGCUUAGGCAGUUUAUCAUCAUUUUAAUAUAGUUUAUCUAUAUUUGUAAAAUUUACAUAUACAAUUUGAGAAAUGGCAAUCGGAAAUCCAGAAGCUGACGUUGGUAAUGUGGAUGCCGCUGCUGCUCAUUUGGCGGCACAUCCAUCAGGUAUACCACAGGAUCAAAUAGAUAAUAUAAUGAGCGGCAUUGCGAAUACGGGCGAUGUUAAAAUGAACAAUCACAGAAAAAAACUUAGACAGAGAUUUGAUAUUAUAAAGAAACUGGGGCAGGGUACAUACGGUAAGGUGCAAUUAGGUAUUAAUAAAGAAACUGGUCAAGAGGUUGCUAUUAAGACAAUAAAAAAAUGUAAAAUUGAAGCAGAAGCAGAUUUAGUUCGCAUACGACGGGAGGUGCAAAUUAUGAGCUCAGUGCAGCAUCCAAAUAUUAUUCACAUAUAUGAAGUAUUUGAAAAUCGUGAAAAAAUGGUUUUAGUCAUGGAAUUUGCCGCUGGCGGUGAACUUUAUGAUUAUCUAUCCGAAAGAAAGGUGCUAAGUGAGGAUGAAGCGCGGCGUAUAUUUCGUCAGGUUGCUACCGCUGUUUAUUACUGUCACAAACACAAAAUCUGUCAUCGUGAUUUAAAACUUGAAAACAUUCUCUUAGAUGAGCAUGGCAAUGCUAAAAUUGCAGAUUUUGGUCUUUCAAAUGUUUUUGAUGAUCAGCGACUUUUAGCAACAUUUUGUGGUUCUCCAUUAUAUGCUUCACCUGAAAUUGUUGAAGGUACUCCUUAUCAGGGGCCAGAAGUUGACUGCUGGUCACUUGGUGUGCUCCUUUACACUCUAGUCUAUGGUUCAAUGCCAUUUGAUGGCUCUAAUUUUAAAAGACUGGUUAAACAAAUUAGCCAAGGCGAUUAUUAUGAACCGAAAAAGCCAUCAAGUGCCUCUACGCUUAUACGUGAUAUGUUAACUGUUUGCCCACGCAAACGUGCAACUAUUGAACAAAUAUGUUCACAUUGGUGGGUAAAUCAAAGUGAUAAUGUAUCAUGUUUAGAUUUAGCUGAGGACUUGGCGAAUCAAACUCCAGUUCGUUUAGAUGUUUUACUUUCUUUAACACCAGCUGCUGUUACAGCUGAACAAUUGGUUGUGCCAUCCGCCGAUGGUAAUUCAGCGGGCAAAGGUAAUGAACGUGUUCCCAGAAGUCAUUCUGUGGGUUCAAUACGUGAUAUGGGCGCUAAUACGGAAGCUGAACGAAGAAUAUUAGACAUGGUUGCUGCUGGCGGCGAAGCUGCACUCAUGCCAUCUCCUACACGCACAAUAACACCUGCUCAAAGUCCUGUACAAACAAAACGUAAACUUGAAACCACAAUCUCUAUGGAGAAUGCAUCGGCUGCAUUAAAGAAAAAAGAAAAACCUGGUAGUGUAUCAUCAAUUGCUGCCGCGGCAGCUGGAACUCUUAACUCGGAAACACCGAUGGAAACUGAUGAACAACAAAUUGAGAAUACUGAAGAGACCUUACCACCGACUGUGAAAACGACACCUUCAAAAACAUUUUCUCAAAAAGAUAUGGAAGCAGUAGGUAAUAUGGUGGAACAGUUAAUACAAAAUGAUGAACCUCAUAGCACAACAGUACCUGCUACUGAUUUUGUUCCAAAUCCCUCACCGGUAGUAUCACGUCAAAGAACUGUAGGAAAAUUAGAUGCUGUUAAAGAAGCACCAGAAGAAAAAGAUGCUACAAAAGUUAUUAAAAAAUUCGUCAAUAAGCACAAAACAGCUGAUUUGGUUAAUGCGAUAGGUCAAAUGUCCGCUGAUAAGACAAGUAAUGAACAGCCCGCAAAAAUUACUAAACCAACUGUACCCACCACUGUCCCACCAUUUGUACGUAAAUGUAGUUUACAGGAUGAAUCACCAUUAAAUAAAUUCAACGAACGACGGAAAUCACGUAUUUUGGAAACAGCAGAAAAGUUUCAACAAAUGAAUGCUGGCAAUGCUGGUGAUAAGCCCAAAAAACUUGUUAUACCCGGUGUUAGUGUUGGUAGUUAUAAAAAGGAAUUCGAAAGAAAGGCAUUGAAUCCUCCACAACAAACAGAAGGUCCUACAGCUGGAGAAAGGCGUGCUUUAGAACAAGUAGCUGCAGCCGCAGCAGCUGCUCAAGAAUUAGAAAGUACAGCUGAUAAAACAGAGAAUGAAAUGUCAUCUACGGUAGAAACAAGUGACUCUAAAAAUUCUGUGUCAUCAUUGUUAUUGGAUGAUGCACGUCGUUCAAUGGAAAAUUCGAUUGCAUUAUUGCGUCAAGCGCAAAACGAAUCUACAAAAGAGGUUGAUCAAAUAUGUGCCAAAACGGAAAAGAUCGGUGUCAAUGAUAUCCCAACUGAUCAUGUAGCAGCCGAAAGAGAACGUAAACUUAAAAAUGCUCGUGCCAUAAUAGGAAAUGCUAUACAGCCAGCUAUACGUCGGCCACCAUCGAUAGGCCAUGGCUUCGGCGGCGGGGGCUACGAACAAAUGCGUGCGCCCAGUGGCGGUUUUUAUUCAUACAUUGGUGAUAAUUAUGAUAUUAUAAAUAAUAAUUAUAAUAUGCCUAAUAACAAUUUAAUUGUUACAAAAUCAACACCAACCUCACCAUUAACAUACAAUUCGUUACCAUUUCAAGGAACGCCAUUGCCGCUAUCAAAAGCAAACGUUGCCCUCGCCGCAGCAAGGCAAAAUAUAAUGGGACGUUUUGCUGCUGAUGGUUUUAAUCAUAAUCAUGGUCAUAAUGCAAUCAAUCCACAUUAUUUAUCGUGCUCUUCAUCCAAGCAAUCCACUCUAAACAACAACCCAAAUAUAUUUAAUCAACAAAAACAACAACAACAUCAAGCCGAACAACCUCAUCACCAGCCACAAAAACCAAGUCAUCUUAAACCAACCUCAUUUGUUGCAAAUGUUCCUGUUGCCACCGCCGCCAACGCCACUAUCAACAUUAUAAAUAAUGUGCCAAAACCGUUUUACAAUACAUCUCCAACGACCACGACGACGAUGUUGUGGAAAUCAUCACCGGGAGGGGAACCAAAUAAUGGAGCUGUAAAAACGUCUACAGCUUCAAUAACGCUUAAAUCAGCUACAUUACCUCGGCGUAAAACUGCAAAAACUGAAAUACAACUGGAAAUUAAACCACGUAUUGUUGAACAACCAUCAAUGCGUUUCACUACCGAAAUGCAACAUCCAAUUGCUGAUUUGCGCAGUGCACCACCAAGAGAAGGUCCAGUUCCUUACAGUCCCAUUAAAACGGCAUUUAAUACACGUGCAACUAGUCUAGAACCCAAAGAGCAUAUUAUACCAAUACAACGACCACAAACUGCUUAUACACGCACCAGUUCUAAUACAACUGCGAGAUCUGGCUCACUUUCGAGACAAUCAACUGUUGACUCAGAAUCUGAUACUACAACUACCAAUGUGUCACAAUCGACAAUAACUGGUUCUUCACAACCAAUCAAGAAAAGCCCACGAGAAUUUAUUAUACCAAUUGCUAUGGAAGGUGGUGGCUUCAUAACACCUCGAGAGGGUAGUAUUGAACCAUCCGAAUCCAGUCAUACAACAACAUCAAGCCGUUCAACAUUUAAUCGUUUACGCCCUACACGCCAAUUUGGCUCGCUACUAAAUGAUACCAGUGUUGAUGAAGGUCUACCAUUCCAAAAGAUGCGUACGACUACAAUGAAUAGAGAUGCAGAUGAAGAUCCAAGAUUUACUCUUCAUAGACUAAGAAGUUCGAGACCUGUUAAGAAAAUAAGUCAAGAUAAUGAUUCCCAAAGUUCCGGCGAGGAAGACGAUGAUGACGGCUUUGAAAUCUUAACAGCUGAAAAUCUUUUCUCUACACUACUGCAAAGAGUGCGUGCCUUGACAAAUCGUAUUAACGUCAACAAUGACUUAACAGCUGGAUUUCCGAACUCAAGUAGAUUGUUAAGCAAUAUGAGGCAAGGACAAAGUCCUUUUUGGAGUCAAGAACCAUUUGGCAGUCGCAUUAAUCAAAGCGGUAACAGUUUGGGCGCACCAUGGCGUCACAGUAUAUCACGUGAUUUGGGCAGUGAUAUGGAGUCAAUGUUUUCCCGCACAGGUGCAACUCUGCCAAGAGGUAGCAAAGCAACAACUGUGAAAGAUUCAGAUUUCACGGACAAUGGAACAAAUCGAACACGAACAAAAAAACAAGUGGUACACACAGAAGAACCAGUUGACUUAGCCGAUUUAGAUUUAUCACGACUUCAGCUAAGUAAACAAGAUCUGGAAACACUAUCAAGUAUAACACCAGGCUUACCGAAAUGUUUUCAAGAACAACUUCUUGCAAAACUACCACCUACACAAGCACGGAAACUUUCCCGUACACUAAGCAUGCAAAAUAGUCCAUUAAUAUCCACUGUAAAAAUAUAUAAACGCAGUCAAAGUGGUGGACGUGGUGUGACAUUGCCAAAUGAAGUUAAAGAAAAUGUCAUUGAAGAGAACAUGAAACCAACGAGUACAAAAAUAGCAUCAAAAGCUCAAGUGAAUGAUGAAAAUCAAAUUGGUGAUACAAAUACUCAAAUAAGACGUCGUAGUAUAGGACGUUCUCGACUCGAUUGUGAAAGCGGUAUACCCACACCUAACGAAACAGCAAAUACUAUGAAAAGUCGUAGCAAUAGCGUCUGUCGAGAUGAUUAUAGUAAAUCUCUAUGCACUUCAUAUACUAGUGACAUUAAUGAUAAAUAUAAAUACUAUUCACCAUAUUUAAAUAAAAGUGUUAAAGAUUCCUCGUCAACCACUUCUACAAACACUUCGUCAUUAGGGCGUCCACCAAGCGGUUGCAUGUCUCCUCCUCCAGUUAUAACGACUGAUAUUGGUACCAGCUCACUACGUAAACGUUCUACACAACGUCGUUCUCGUUUUCUACGACCUGAUUUCUUCGAAGAGCCAGUUACAACACAAGUCGAGGAAACACCAUACCAACGAGAGAAGAAAUUACGCGAACGUGAAACACAAAGUGUUUUACGUGAAAUUCGUGAAAAAUCUCGUGAAUCCAGCAGAGAUCGCCUUAGUAAUUAUGAGUGUGAUGAGAUAAUGCAACGAAAGCACAGCGUUCCUAAUGAAUCUCAAGAUAUUAGUGAGAAACAAGGUACUCGCCAUGUGCGUAAUAAAAGUAUGGAAAUGUAUACAGAAUGCGGAGAGAACUCAUUACUGCAUGACAAAACUAAACGGCAUCGUAGAAGCCUUUCACGUCCACGAGAUAUAACGUCAGAAAUGGAUAAACAUGAAUUGGCAGAUAAAAUAUUGCAAGAAUUACAACUACUUUCCGCUGUACGUUCCCAUAAUGAACCUCGCCUUUCUGUUCCGCGAGAAGUAUCAGUGGAAAAAGUUAUUGAUAUUAACCCAAACAAUGGUAUAACUGAAAAUACAGAACAACAAUACAAUAACGAAGAAAUUAAUAAGGAAAAGAUUACUACUAUAAAGAAGGUUAAAAAAGUAAAACCUAAAGAAAAAUCUACAGAAUCUACAAGCACAGACGCUGAUAGUAGAAUUACUACAACUGUAAUCAAAAAAGUUAAAAAAAUUGUAAAAAAAUCAGAUAGCAUAAAAACUCCUGCUACCGAAGGAACUGCAAAUAUGCCAUUAACAGAAGAAUCAAAUAUACCAAUAACUGAAUUGGAACAAUUGAAAAAAGAAUCUAAACUAAAGCGUCCGAAAUCUUAUCCAACCAAAGAUACAAAUCAAACAGUCACUACUAAGUCUGAAGUUCCUUCAUCGACUCCACAAACUACUAAAUUAGAAAUAAAGAAAUCAGUUCCACCAACAACUAAUGCUGAUAUAACUAACGCUAUAUCAAAUGUCAAUAACACCAAUAAUAAUAACUGUCUUACUCCACGUGAAAGUCGACUAAUUCGACCAAAAAGUUACCCUGCCUCUAAACUAACACCUCCUAAAGUGACGAAGCAAGUGACUCGCAGUGGCAUUGCUAUACCUACUAUCAACGAGUCCAGUGCAAGUACAACACCAAAAUCAAGUAGUAUAUCUAGGCAAUCUACCUGUGAGGAUAAGUCAUUUUCUGUAACACCAACUGGUAAAAGUAGCAUCGAUAGCUCUUCCUCCAGUGAAUCAAAACCAACAACAAUUAAGAAAAUCAUUAAAGUAACUAAAAAGUCUAAAUUAGCACAACCUACACCGCUCUCACCUACCACUCCGACAGCAAUAACAGCAAUGACAAAUGCUGCUAGUUCUAAGGAAUCAAGUCCUGUUACUGUGUUACAAGUGAAAGAGAAAUCUCCUGAGAAAAAGCAAAGCAAAGGUCUCUUUUAUGCUAUUGGGCAAAAGUUUGAAAAACUUCGAGACUCUGCCAUGAGCAAAGAGAAGAAAUCCACUUCGAAUUUACCAACAAAUACUUCCGAUAAAAAACUGUCUUCAACAAGUUCUUCUCCAGAGAAAAUAAAAGAAAAAUUAACGCUAACUAAGAAAAAACAUAAACCCCUCGAAAAUGAUAUUUCUACAAAGACUGAUAAAUUACAUACUGAUGUUAAUAGUCAUAAUGAUAUCGAAACGUCGAAGAACAACAACGUAUCAAAUGACACAUCCGAGAAACCACUAAAAACGGAGAAGCGAUCACGCAUAGAUGCUAUGAUAAGAUCACUACGUGAACGCUCUGUUCCUCGUUCAAAUCCAAAUACUGGCACUGAAUCUAAUUAUCUUAAACGUGCAGUAAGUGUUGAGGAUAUGCCUGGUACGUUCAAUAAGAAUACUGUUAAUAAAGUUCUUGGUCUUUUUAAACGAUUUGAAAAAGAUGGUAGUGACCGCAGAGUACGGAAUACACGUUCAACAAGUAAUAUAGAAAGACAAUUACGCGAACAAUCACCUCCAACAUCACCAAUUUAUCAAAACACAAAUGCACUACUUGAAAGUGCACAGCCAAUCCAUAAUAAACCCCAGACAUCGAAUUUAAGUUCAGCUAACGUUAGCAAAUCGAAACAAAAUAUUGAACAAUGUUGUAAUUGUGAAUUAACACCUCCAACAACAACUUCUCUUUCUCAGCAUAUAUCUUGCCCAGAAUGUAUACAGGAUCAAGCAACUAAUUUAAGAUCAACAAAACGUUAUGAAGAACCUAUAAAAUCUACUGACUUUGACUGCAGUUCAUACAAUAAGCUUCAAGCACAGGGCAAUAAAGAUAAGCGAAAGGGUCUAAUGCUGGACUUAGGCAAAAUUGAAAAGUAUGAUAACUCAGCAAAUCGCAGCAUUAAAACUAAUGCUUAUGUCAAUGGUAACGGUGGCUUAUACUCAAAUCUUCCUCCAUAUCCAGGAACUUUAAAAAAUUCUUCUAAUAAUAGCUCAAGUCAACAAUCUGUUGAAAAUACAACAAAUAAUAAUAACAAUUGCAUUGCUAAUAACAAUAAUUCUUCUUUGCAAACCUCACAAACUUCAGGCUAUAGAACUUCUUCAGCACAUGAAAUCAAUCGAAAUCAUUUACUUACACCUUCAACUGAAAAUAUAGCCAAUUAUUCAUCCGAUUCUCGUAGCUAUCAAGAUGAUUGCGCAUCAACUUCAACAUUUCUUUCACCCACUGAUGAACCAGAAUUAUACUUUGAUAAUUGGUCUAUUUGUUCAGAAGAUAAUUAUAUGCUACAUGCCACACCUUCACCAACAGUUUCACGUCUUUCACGUACCUCACAAUUGUCAUCACCAACACGUGGCGAUGGUUCUGAUCCUAACGAAAGCGUAAUUGAUCGCAUUAAACGUCGCAGCUUCUAUAGUCGUUUCAAUGAAAAGAAACCAAAACGAACAAGUAGCAUUGUCGGUCCUACAGCCGUACGUGAUUUCUAUCGAGAACAACAGGCUUCAGUUAAAGCACGCUCAAGUAGCAAAUUAAAUGCAGAAGAACGUGCAAAAUCACCCGAUAUAGUAAAACAAUUCUUUAGACCAUUAAAAUUGAGUCCUGUUGGAACGGAGCUUAAACCGCCAGUUUAUAGAUCACCACUUGACUAUGCUUCAGCUAAUAGUAAACCAAGAAAAAGUCUUAAUGAUAUACGACCGGCAACGUCACCAUCAUUUCAUACACCUAAACAUUAUGGUACUUCGACUGAAAGUAACUUUUUAACAACCAUCAAUUCUUCUUUACCUAUGCGUUAUAAAUCAUCUAGUAGCUCAAGUCCAUAUGAGGGUAGCAGUGGUACUACGCUAGGUGGCAGUAAUUAUUACAGCACAUAUAAUCCAAAACGACGUUCAUCGUAUACACUGAAUGGCACAAUACCGACUGGUUCAAAUAUUACAACAAGUUCACAUUUGGAUGGUUAUGCGACAGUUGGUAGACGUGCUAUUCGACCAUAUGAUCAGCGUACUUUAUCACUUUUAGAUCCACAUACUAGUACUAGCUACAGACGAGACACACGUACACCUGUCAGAGAAUAUUCUUCCAGCAUUUCAAGAUCGAAUUCCCGAUAUCGUACUUCGUCCGUUUCACGUAGUCCAACAAAUAUUUGAUGUACAACACCACAAAAUGGUUUCUGCAUAUUUUGUUACUACACUCAAAGAAAACGCAGUAAUACAGCAUCUUCAUCAGCUUCAUCUCGAGGAAGCGGAAGUGCUAAAAAGUUGCAACAGUGUUCAAACCAAACCAAAAACAAAUUUUAAAUUAAGUUUUAGUUUAAGUUUGAUAUAUGAUUCUUAUAUUUAAAAAUCAG